GUUCACUUCUUCCUUGUUCAGUGUCUGUAGAGCUUGCAAAUUAAUAUAUAUUUGAUACUAAUCUAUCUUAAUCUUGAAAUAUCCAAACAUAUAUCCUUCGUUCUCUCAUUUUGUAUCGUUUAAAAUUAUUAAACAAGCUUAUACAAGUAUUAUUUUUGUAUUUAAACAAAUAUUUUUGUUUAUUAUUGAUAGCCAGUAUGGGACGCCGACCAGCCAGAUGUUAUCGAUAUUGCAAAAACAAACCAUAUCCCAAAUCAAGAUUCUGUAGAGGUGUGCCUGAUCCAAAGAUUCGUAUCUUUGAUCUUGGAAAAAAGAAAGCCUCUGUGGAAGAUUUUCCGUUAUGUGUGCACUUGGUAUCAGAUGAAUAUGAACAGCUUAGUUCCGAGGCCCUUGAAGCUGGACGUAUUUGCGCAAAUAAGUAUAUGGUGAAAAACGCUGGAAAAGAUCAAUUUCAUAUCCGUAUGAGACUUCACCCAUUCCAUGUUAUCCGGAUUAAUAAAAUGUUAUCAUGUGCUGGAGCUGAUAGGCUCCAAACAGGAAUGCGUGGUGCCUUCGGUAAACCACAAGGUACUGUAGCCAGAGUACACAUUGGGCAGCCGAUUAUGAGUGUACGUUCAUCUGAUCGUCACAAGGCUGCUGUAGUUGAGGCGUUGCGACGUGCCAAAUUCAAAUUCCCGGGUCGGCAAAAAAUUUAUGUUUCAAAGAAAUGGGGCUUUACCAAAUAUGAUCGUGCUGAAUACGAAGAACUGAAAACAGCCGGCCGAUUGGCUCCAGAUGGAUGCAAUGUGAAAUAUUUGCCAGAACAUGGACCUCUUGAAGAAUGGAAAAAAUUUAGAAAAGUUCUUGCUGCUGCUUAAGCGAAACAAUUUUUUUGUGAUUUUGAUUUAAUUAAACAGAUUGAAAACAA